UAGAUUUUGUUUAAAUUUUGUGUUUUUAGUUGGUUUUCAUUAAAACACAUAAAUACUUUGUUCAAAAUAUUAAUCAACAUUAAAAUAUAAACAAUGAACAAUUCUUCAGAUGAAUUGAAUGCCACACAGGCGCUGGAUCGCAAGCAGCGCCUAAAGGACUUGAUGGAGACCAAUAGAGCUAUUCAAACUCGCUUAACAGUACAAAGUGUCGAAGAUACACUCAAUGAACUAUCUAACGUUGUAAAAAGGUCCGAUCUGAUUCAUGGCGAGGGGAGCGUCACUGAUCGAGCAGAGCACACCAGUGAGGUGAUGCGGGAUGUACAAUUGCUCAAAAUGAAUCACGAGCUGAUGUCCAAAGUUUUUCAACAGAGCUCCCUAAUGGGAUCUUUCAGCGAACAAAUCUAUCAGAAUGCCAUUCGCCAAACUGUCGCCACGCAAGGCGAUGAUGAUUGGAAGCCCUUCACAGAGAUCGCAUGUUCCAUAGCUCGCAUGGCACGCGCGAAAUCCACAAUGCUGGGCGCGUAUAAGGUUGAGGUAAAAGAACGCAUUGUUAAGGAACGACAGCAACGCAAGAAAGCAGAACAGGCGGAAGAAAAACGUCCAGAGCGCGUCGAUAAACUGCAGCGCCAGGACAAGGGUGCCAAAAAGUUGAAUAUUGUGCAUAAACAAUUGGUUCGAAUGUUCAAAAGCAAUGGCGGCCAACCCAUACCCUACUACCAACUAAUUAUCGAUCCGAAAAAUUUUAUGAAUACCGUUGAGAACGCAUUUCAAAUAGCCUUUCUGGUGCGCGACAAUUGCCUUGCGAUCGAAACAGGCGAAGACAAUUAUCCACAUGUACGUCUGGUACGCAGCGAAGAGGUGAACACCGUCAAAGAGACCACACAAGCAAUUUGCACGCUAAAUGUGGAAAAGUGCCGGGAAAUGAUUGUUUUUUACGAAAUUCAACAUCCUUUGCUUGUAAUAGAAAAUAGCGAAGGCGAAUAAGAAAACUGUUGAACCGAAUGCUUGACGUAUUUGUAGGGGAACAACAUCAAUGCCAGAACAAAGUACAAUUACAAUGAAUUACUAUUGAUUAUUUGUUUUUAAUAAGAAUAUCUUUUUAUAUACUAUUUUUGAAACAAAGCGUGAGAAUUUCAUAUUUUUA